AUGGGGAUUCUCUGCAAGCAUAUCUUGUGUGUUUUUGGCAAGAAAGGUAAGUUAGAUAGAUUGCCACAGCAUUAUGUAAUGGAAAGAUGGACUAUUAAUGCUAAGAGUCGGCCUAUCCCUGACAUACCAAGUCCUACAGGGCUCCUUCAGCUAGGAUUAGAUGAUCCUAUGAUGAGAAGAAGCAAUUCCAUGAUACAACUUUAUGACAUUGUUGAACUUGGGUUGCAGUCAGAAGAAAAACACAGUUUCCUCACCCGUGCAUUAGAGAAGAUUCAUAAAGAAUUACUUGCAAUGGAAGAUCACGUAGAUACUGAGGGAACACAUUAUUCAAAUAGAGGAGAGACUUGCAGUAUUGAUCAAGUAUUAACAAGUCAAGUUGUAUCAAACUUUUCACAAACGGUCCAGGACCCUCCACGGGUGCCAACAAAAGGUCGACCAAAGUCUUUGAGAUCCAAGAAUCCAAAAGAAACGCAAACAACAAAGAAAAGACGCUGUAGCAUUUGCAAGGCUGAAGGACAUGCUAAAAGCAAUUGCCCUUCAGUAAGGGAUCUUCGGCCAACAUCUGUCAACCUGUCACAACCAAUGUAA